AUGGAGGCGAGAAAAUCUUCAGAGGCUGCAUCUGCUGAGGACAAAAACACACAGGAGGAUCCAAGCAAAGAGCGUGAGGCUGCUCCAGACUCGCCGUCCAAGCAGCUCCCUGACCAGAUCUCCUUUUUCAGCGGGAAUCCCUCCGUGGAAAUCGUCCAUGGGAUUAUGCACCUGUACAAAACAAACAAGAUGACCUCUCUGAAGGAGGACGUCCGGCGCAGCGCCAUGCUCUGCAUCCUCACUGUCCCUGCCACCAUGACCAGCCACGACCUCAUGAAGUUUGUGGCCUCCUUCUAUGAGGUGAUCGAGCACAUGAAAAUCAUCAGAGACUCCACUCCGAACCAGUACAUGGUGCUGAUCAAGUUCAGCUCACAGGCUGAUGCAGACAGCUUCUACAUGGCCUGCAAUGGCAGGCAGUUCAACUCCAUAGAGGAAGAUGUUUGCCAGCUGGUGUACGUGGAAAGGGCUGAAGUCUUCAAAUCAGAAGAUGGGGCCAGCCUGCCUGUGAUGGACCUGACAGAGCUCCCCAAGUGCACUGUGUGCCUGGAGAGGAUGGACGAGUCUGUGAACGGGAUCCUGACCACCCUGUGCAACCACAGCUUCCACAGCCAGUGCCUGCAGCGCUGGGAGGACACCACGUGCCCUGUCUGCAGGUACUGCCAGACACCAGAGCCCGUGGAAGAGAACAAGUGUUUUGAGUGUGGAGUUCAAGAAAACUUGUGGAUCUGUUUGAUCUGUGGCCACAUCGGCUGCGGGCCCAGCCGCCACGCGUACAAGCACUUCGAGGAGACCCAGCACACCUAUGCCAUGCAGCUGACCAACCACAGGGUCUGGGACUAUGCUGGAGAUAACUACGUCCAUCGACUGGUGGCAAGUAAAACUGAUGGGAAGAUAGUUCAGUAUGAGUGUGAGGGAGAUAUGUGUCAGGAAGAGAAAAUUGAUGCCUUACAAUUAGAGUACUCCUACCUGCUGACGAGCCAGCUGGAAUCCCAGAGAAUCUACUGGGAAAACAAGAUCGUCCGGAUAGAGAAGGACACGGCCGAAGAGAUUAACAACAUGAAGACCAAAUUUAAAGAGACCAUUGAGAAGUGUGACAGUCUGGAACAGAGGCUCAAUGACUUGCUCAAAGAAAAGCAGUGUGUGGAGAGGAAGUGUUCCCAGCUGAACAACAAAGUGGCCAAACUCUCCAACGAGCUGAAGGAGGAGCAGGAACUGAACAAGUGUUUGCGAGCGAAUCAGGCCUUGCUGCAGAACAAACUGAAGGAGGAGGAGAGGGUGUUGAAGGAAACCUGUGAACAGAAGGACCUGCAGAUUUCUGAGAUCCAGGAGCAGUUGAGGGAUGUCAUGUUCUACCUGGAGACACAGCAGAAGAUCAAUCACCUCCCAGCUGAGACCCGGCAGGAGAUUCAGGAAGGACAGAUCAACAUUGCGGUGGCCUCUUCCGCCAGCUCCUCCUCGGCAGGCACAGGCAAACCCUCCUCCAGGAGAGGCCGUGGCAAGAGGGGGAAGUGAAGCCUGGAGUGCUCUGCUCCGUGCUGGGGUGGGCCAGGAUCACCUUGGGGACUCCAGCUGGGAAGGCCCAGUUCAGUAAAGCUCAGCUGAGAAUUGUCUUCAGAGCUGCUCGUGAAACUGGCUGCCAGUCAGUGCAGGUGUCUGUGGUGUUUCAAAGCAUUUCACUGCACUAUUUAGCUGUUUUUAGGCAGAUCUCGGUGACCAUUUUGCCUUCCUACUUUUCCAGAGCUCUUCCUCUCAUGCACUUGAC